AAGAAUGACCGUGCCUCGUACCUCGCAUGCAGAUUCAUGAGGCCAGCGCCUGAAUUCCGGAUUACAAACUUGGUGGAUGAGUGGCAGUACAAGGCGUGGCUAACCUUCACGGAUUCCACUGGGCGCCAAUGCGUUGGUCAGUACUGCCACCCGGAUUCACCGCGGCCCGGUUCCUGGUUGAACGGCCGCGUGCUGUCGUUUUCCAAGCUCAAGCUCUUCUCCAUCGAGAAAAAGAUCCGGAACCCGCCUCCGAUCACUCUGAGGUGUUACCACACUUACCGGAUCCAAGUGAAUGUUGGGAUUGUGGACGAUUACGGACACAUCAUCAGCGCAUCGGUCGUCCGGCAAUCUGUUGGUCACCGCUUCAUUGCCGUCACCAGUAGCAUUACUAGGCGUCCAAUCAACAGGGGUACAAGACAGGCACGCUAAGUGAAGUUCUCAAGGCUGUUUUUGUAAAAACAGCAAUAAAGAAAUAUUUUUUUGUGAGUACAA